AUGCGCGGCUGGACGAAGGACUUUGUCCGAUCUGUAAAGGAUAUCCUGAAUACCCUCAAGAUGUCAGACCGACGCUCCCGCUCAGUUUCUCCCGACCCAAGAGCACCCAAACGCCAAAAGAUUGGCCACCUAACCAAGGAAGAUUUCAAAAAUGGAAUCUUUUUGGCACCUAUGGUUCGUUCUGGAGCUUUGCCAACGCGUCUAUUUGCUCUGAAGCACGGCGCUACGCUCGUUUGGGGUCCUGAGAUCGUGGACAAAGCAAUCCUCCACGCAAAACGUGAAGUAGAUCCUGUGACUGGAGUAGUCUCCUACAACGGCGUCUCCCGCGCCAUCUUCACAACGCAUCCCAUCGAAAAACCCUACCUAAUCUACCAAAUCGGUUCAGCCGACCCCGAACUGGCAGUCCAAGCCGCCAAAACCGUCCAGCAAGACGUCUCCGGCAUCGACCUCAACUGCGGUUGUCCCAAACCUUUCUCAACGCACGCCGGCAUGGGCGCCGCACUCCUCACCAACCCCGACCUGCUGAUCUCGAUCCUCGAAGCGUUGCGCAAAGCGAUGCCACCUGAGAUUACGGUUACGGCGAAGAUUAGAUUGCUGCCUAGCCAGGAGGAUACGUUGAAGCUUGUGGAGCGGAUUGUCAAUACGGGAGUGAGUGCCUUGACGGUCCACUGCCGGACGAGGAAUAUGAGGGAGAAGGAUCGGGCAGUCAUUGAGAGGCUAAAUGAGAUUGUGGAGUUUGUGGAGAAGAUGGGGAAGGGGAUUGCUGUCAUUGAGAAUGGGGAUUGCUUGGACUGGGAGGAUGCGAAGAGAGUGAGGAGGGUGACGGGAGCGCAUUCGGUUAUGAUCGCGAGAGGCGCGGAGGCGAAUCCUUCUUGUUUCUCGGAGAAGCCGCUUGUGGAUGUCGAGAGGACGUUGUGGCCUUCGUACUUCCGCUUGUGCAAGUACCUCGGUCAUCAUUGGGGUCUCACAAAGUACUGCAUCGCGCAGUUCAGGUCGACCAGGGUCGAAGUCACCAAGGCGGAAGCGGCGGAUAUUCGCCAGCGUCUAUCGCAAGCCAAGGACUACGACAACAUGACGGACUUUGUGAAGGAGUGGACAGGCGAAGAGGAGAUGAAGGAGAUUGUUGACGCUAUCAACAAUAACUGCCCAAGGCAGCGCCGAAUGCUGCCCUCGUCGUUCGCUCUGUCACCAGAAGAGGCUGAGAAGUUCGUCACGCCUUCUGCGACUCAAAACCCGGAGCCUCCAACUUCAGGGGCACCGCUGCUACCUUCUAACAUUGAAAGGGACGCGUCAAACUUCCCACCACCACCUGCACUGACACCUACACCGUCCAGCGCAAUCCCUUCUGCUCCGCUAUCGGUAUAG